UAUGACCUCAAUCUGACUGUGCAAAUACAGUGGUGGAUUUGCAUGAACACAUUUCGACACUGAAUCAGAACUUCUGGUUGUUGCAAAUAGUUGUCAUUGCUGCAGUUGGCAAGAUGAAUACUUCUGUACUAGUACUCUUCGUCGGGUUGCUGUGCUAUGCUAGCGCAGCAAGUUUUAUCCCCAGCACCAAUCCACAACUUGUCGAGACCCCAAAGGGAACUACCCCAUGUGUUACUCCGAAACAAUGGGAGGGACGUUUCAGCGAGUGGGACCACAAUAAGGAUGCCAACAACAGGUAUAAAAUCAGCUUUGAUGGAGUCAAGAGACGUAAAUAUGUCGAGGAGGAGAUGAAGUCGAUGAUACCCGGAAGAAGACUGAUGAAGUAUUUGAUACUCUUCGACGAGAAAGUCGAGUACCAGAUCGACCCAUCUUUCAACCGGUGCAAGCAGAUACCAAUGGGCCCAUGGAGGAACUUUAGCAUCCCACCAGACGCCACCUUCGAGGAUGCCUACUCGAUCGGAGGGGCUGGUAACUCAAUCAAUGUGACUGAAUGGUCGGACAGGAAGCCGUCCAGGUCUUACGAGACAUGGAUUGGCGGGUACACCGAAGCAAGCUGCUGGCCCGUCUUCGAGAUCUUCACCAUGAAAAACGACGACAUCAACAUUGACAUGACCACCAGAUUUUUUGAUACCACAGAAGGUAUCAAAAACAUGUCCGUGUUCGAUGUACCGGCCAUCUGCAACCAGGCCGUCCUGGCCACCACACCAGACACCAGCAACACAUGGCUCGAUGAGAAGUUGGCCAGCUGGAUUCCCAAUUGGGCCAAGGACUUUUUAGGCUGGCAAAAAAUCGAUGACGUCACUGCUGUACCACCAGUAAAUGUCCGAGUCCCGUGGCCUGCUAAAAACUUGGGACUCGAUACCAAUAAGCCAAUGAAAACCGUCGAAAGGUUCUAUAGGAAAAUUUGAGAUUGUCAAAUUAAUUUGAAAAAGUUUCGUAUCCUGCCACCACCUUUUCAUUCGUUGAUGAAAUAGAAUAGAAUCUAAUUUCAAUUGGGAUAUUUUUGUUAGAAAAAAUACCGAAAAAGUGUUGGCAGGAUACGGAAAGUUUUCUGCAAUUUCCACUCGAAAGGAAGCGGAGAAAAAUUGUUAUCUUAUUAAAAAAAAUAAUGCAGUGGAAGGUAGUACCAAACCUAUACGCCAUGCCAACAGUGAGACGGACGCUUUGACCUUUCGAUGCAUGAUCAACGAUAAUAGCGAUGUGCAUUUUACAAGGGUGGGGGUCAAAAUUGGGCAAAUCAAUUUACUCAUUCACAGGUAAAAAAUAAGAUACGAGAAACCUUUAAUGUCCCACCAGGGGAAAUUCGUUUGGCAUUUUGAAAACAUCAAUAUGCCCAUUAAGAACAAGGAGAAAUUAUGAAAUAACUAAGUUUAAUGUUCCUGAUUUAAAACAAAAAUUAAACGUCACAUGUAAUCACAUUUUUAAAUUCACAGCUCAGGGGAACAACAAAUUGUUUUUGUAGUGUUUGUCCGAAUGGAGAAAUUCUGGACGUAUAGGGGAGCGGUUUGUUUUUUAGGGGUUGGUCUUUUUGUUGAUAGGGGCAGGUCUUUUAGGAUCCACACCUGCCAGCCAAAAAUUACUCACCCUAGGUUAAAAUGUUUAUUGUUGUUUGCGAUACGCACUGUUUACUCAUAAUACAAAUCCUGUACCAACUUUUACCUACAAGUUCCAAUUUCUCAAUUCUGUGUUUGGCAGUCUAUAUAUAGAUUGAUACAAGAUCAAAAGAAAACAACGGUAGGUAUAUUAAGUAGACUUGUCAAUACAAUUCUCUUUGAUUACCAUUCAACUAGGCCUUAUAUUAUUGUCAUCUGCUUCAAAGCUUUCCCAAACAUAUUGGGACGUGUCUUAACGCAUAAGAGUUAAUAAUAAACACUUAAAUUAAUUGCA